UGGUCUUUUUCUGUUCUGAUUGAAUCCCACUUUGGUUGUUUUAUUAUUACUCUCUGGUCUGUUUACUGUUAAUACGUAACCACGAUUAUAAAUAAUUAGAGUUCUGCGUAAUCUGUAAGUAUAUCUUAUCGUGUCUGUGGCCGAGCUUGAACCACGGAUAUAAUUUAUAUUAUAGAUUUAUCGUAGACCGUAGUGUUUAAUGUUUUCAUUAGCAAUUAGAUGCUAAUUUGCUUAAAAUAAUAAUUAUUCUGUCAAGUAGAAAAUUUGUAAACUCAACAGUAUAUAUAUUUUUUUGUAAUUCAACGUUUAUAACAUAAUAUAAUUACCGUAAUUUAGCGACAAAAAUUGAUCAAUACACGAUCGUUGAUGGAUACUAGAUCGAAAAUUAAAAAAAUGACGAAGAAAAAGAUGUCAAAACAGCUAACUAAAAUAUCACCUAAGAAGAAACUUUAUACUUCAUCCUGUGAUAAGUAUGAAACAAUUAUGGCUGAAGAUAAAAUAAAGGUCACCAAAUCAAACAAAGAUAAAUCAUCAGCUGCUACUUCUUAUGUUAACUCUUCAGAAAAUGAUAAAAAAUUAUUAAAAACACAAAGAAAAAAGAUUAAAAAAAAAAAGAAAAAAGAUUCUAAGGUUCAUCAUAUAAACAGUUUGAAAAAUGAUGAUACUGCGCUUCUUAUUGACGCAAGACAUAAUCAAUUUAAAGAGUGUUUUGUAUUACUUUCAGAUAUUAAUGAACACCAAAAAAUACAUAUAUCUCACAAAGCUUCUACUAACAAAAGUGCAAAGAUUGGUUCAGAAAAUAAUGAAUAUUCAUCAAUAUUCACACAAGUAAAAACGAUUAAAGAAAUAAAUAAAAAAGAUUCUAAGGUCCAAAAUAUAAAUAAUUUGAGACAUGAUGAUGCUGCAGUUCCUACAGAUGCAAGACAUUAUAGUCAAUUAAAAGAGUGUUUUGUGUUACUUUCAGAUUUUAAUAAAAACGAAAAAAUACAUAUACCUCUCAAGGCUUCUACUAGUAAUAGUACAAAGAUUAGUUCAGGAAAUAACAAUGAAUAUUCAUCAAUGGUGGAAACCAAAGAACAAAUUAUUAAGAAAAGGAAGAAAGGAAAUGUUAAGGCAAAAAAAAUAAAAAAUUACAUAAAUGAUAAUGCUGUGGUUUGUACCCAGAAGAAACAUUGCAAUCAAUUAAAGGAGUGUUUUGUAUUGCUUUCAGAUAUUAGUGAACACAAAAAAAAUCAUAAAUCUCACAAGUCUUCUACUAGCGGUAAUAUAACGAUUAGUUCAGAGAAUGAUAAAGAAUAUUCAUCAAUAUUAAGAACUCGAGGAAAAAAUGUUAAAAAAAUAAAUAAAUAUAAGGUCAAAAAAAUAAGCAAUUUGGAAAAUAAUAAUGUUGCGAUUCAUACCGAGAAGAGACAUUGCAGUAAAUUAAAUGAUAGUUUUGUAUUGCUUUCAGAUGUUAGCAAACACAAAAAAAAUCAUAAACCUAACAAAGCUUCUACUAAAAAUAAGUCAAUGAUUGGUUCAUUUGGUUCAGAAAACAACAAAGAAUAUUUAUCAAUAUUAGAGACACAAGAUCAAAACAUAAAAAUGAUUCUGAGGUCAAAUGUUGAAAAAAAUUGAAAAAUUAUAAUGCUGCAAUUCAUGUAGAAAAGAUAUAGUAUAAUCAAAUAAAUAAGCGCUUGUAUUUCUUUCAAAUAAUAAUAAUCACACAAAAAAAAAAACUCAUAAAACAGACAAUGCUCAGUGGACAGUAUUUAUUUCAAUUGUGUUUUUUUUUAUAUUACAUACAGACAUAUUUGUUCAUUCCAAAAUUUUCAUUUAAUAUUAUGUAUAGUAUGAAUUACAAGUUAAAUAAAGUAUAGGAUUUAUAUAAGUUUCAAUUAAUCAACCAUAUUUUGAAACAUUGCCCCUUGAAUUCCUAGCAUUUCUAAAUUAAUACAUUUUUUUAAUUACCUUUUAAAUCUUUAUAUAUAUUUUAUAUUCAAAAAUGGUGAUUGUUAAAGUCAUGUAUGUUAAAGACUUAAACCUGAAAGCCAGUCACAAAUUUUUUUCUCUAGUUAUUGUAGAACUUGAAUACAUAAUAUUACUUGUUACUUAACGGCACCAUUGUUGUUCGCAACAAAUAUUUUUGCCUCAAUAAUAAAUAUCAUUAUCACAUAACAAGAUAGACCAUGUGGUCGAUUGAUAUUGGAUACCCACAUGAGUUUUGUGUGGUAAGUUCAUGAAGACUCGUGACUAGACUAAAAGUGUAUUAUAUCUAGGUACAGUCGUUGUCAGAUAAAUUGGUGUACCGCUUGAUUGUUAUGAAAAUUGUUUUUUACGAAGUACAUUAUUCGUUACUAGCAAAAUGACUCAAUGCCUCUUGGCUCUUAUAUUCAACCUACUAUAUUCUACUAUGAAUUAUAAUCGAAUAUCUAUUCUUAAUAAAUUAAUUUGCAAUUAAUAAUUUCCUUUAAGUACAAUUAUGGUUUUAUCAUAUUGUAAUAAAAUACAUAGGUACAUAGAGUUAAUACAUUUCUAAAAAUUAAAAAUCAAAAGAGUUUGCAUUCCUAUCUCUGAAUUGGAAAUCGUUUUUUAAGUUUUAGGGUAUUAAUUACUUUUUUUUUUAAAUAUUUAAGAGAAAAAUGAAGAGUUGAUUAUUUUUCAUUUUUAUAUUUUCCACCAUUCGAAUGAUUCAAUUAUAUCUACCUAUCGCGAAAAAAUAAAA